AUGUUAGUGUCCCCAUAUUUAGACCUUCUCUCAUUCGAUGACAAUACCCACAACCAGACAGCAGACAAUGGCGGUCCCAUAAUGUCUUCCCGCAGUUCUCCCUCAACUUCAUCUACAACUUCCCCUCCAAAUGCCUCCAAAUUAGCGCCAAGAUUUCCUCCCUCUGCUGGUAGUUCCGCAAAUGCUAAUGCGGCUGCAGUUUUAGCAGCAACUCUGGCUGCAAGUCGAUACAGUCCACAAGCCUCCACAGCAGCAGCGCCUUCCGUCUUUUCUGCAUCAGACGUUUUCAGCUCCAGCGCCGCAUCAUCCACAGCCGUUGCUAUGGCAGCAGCAGCAGCAGCUAAUAUGAUGAGUGUACCUUCACCCAUCUUCCCUCCUCCUCCUCCUUUGAGCAAUGGUGGGCACAAUCAGCGGUUGUCGCCUGCAGCUGGUGGGCAGCAGGCGGGUACAGACGGAAUCGUUUUCUCGAAUGCGACUGAUUUCCUUGAGGCGUUUGCGAGGACAGCUGGAAGUGGUAUAGGCACCUGGCGAGGAGGACAACAGGUAUCAAAACCCACAGAUCGACUGGGAUUUCCAUCAACGGAAGCGUUACUUGAGUGCUGCAGAGCUCAAGCUGUCAUGACGGCACCUAUUCUACAAAUGGAAAUAUCAGGGCCGACAUCUACAACUUCGAAUCCUGGAUCUCACGUCUUAGCUAGUGCUCACAAUCUUUUACCCUCACCUACUCCCUUGCCCUACCAUUCUCAACACAUUAUGCAACCAUCUGAUGAGUACUACUCUUAUAUCCCCACGGCUUAUCCGCCAUCAUCGAGUUAUCAGUCAUCCUACCAGUCCAUGGAUAAUCGUUACUAUGACAAUUCUAACUACUGGAAUGAAUCGAGUUCUGGAGAGGGAGCUUGGUACUCAUCGACAUCAUGUAAUCAAGAGAAUCUAGCUUGUUCUAGAGCCCCUCCUACUUAUGCUGAUUUGAGUCCAGUUGAGACAUUCUUUUUCGGUAAAAACGAGCACAAAACAUCAGAUUAUCAGGAAUCUGAUAAUGUUACACACACAGACUUUGCUCAGUUACAAAGUAAUGAGACUUGGUAUUCAAAUCUCACAACAGAUCCAGUAUCAAAAAUGCUUCCAGAUACUGUCGGAAAUACAACUCAGUCUCAGCCACAAACGAAUUUCAUAACUUCAACCACAGCACCAUCAUUCUCUCAAAAUACCACUUCACAAAAUCAACAAUUCUCCCAGAUAACCGCGGCAAAUCCCUUCUUCACCUCUUUUCAAACAGGAGGAUCGACAGCCAGUGGAAAUGAUUUCUAUCGGGCUUCAGCACUCUUAAGUGUUGCAGCGGGAUCCGGGAAUGAUAAUAACAACGUUGGAAAUGCCUAUUAUGAACCCACAAGACAAGUCGGCGGCGGUGAACACUAUUCAGGAGGUGUGAACGCCUCGUCUUCAUCUGCAUCGGGUUAUCAACGAGCGCUUGGAGGUUUUAGUAGUUCAGGAAGUGGAACAAAUGGGGGAAAUGGCAGUGGAGAUAAGGGGAUUCUCGAAAUUCCAGGAAGUCUUGGUGGUAGUGCCGGUGGCUCUGGAGACGGUGCUCUCGGUGUUGUUUCUCGGGAUCUCAUGCGGGCGUACCUUAAGAGCCGUCGGGAUCAAGUUCUCAUUGUCCUACAUGCCAAAGUUGCUCAAAAGUCUUAUGGUACUGAAAAAAGAUUCUUUUGUCCUCCCCCAUGUAUCUAUCUUCGUGGAGAUGGUUGGGACUUUAGACCGAAUUCGAACAGUCCUAACAAACUUCUGGGUUCGACCUCUGACGCAGCUUUCCAAAGAUCUUUUCUACCUUGGGAGACUGAAAGUGACUUUAAUACCAGCAAAUCUAGCGGUGAAAGACCCCAGGUCCUGGCAUUUAUGGGAAUUGGAGGAACUUCAACGGCAAAAGAUAUGGUUCAAUUGAAUCUCGAACCUGGAAAGGAUUACUCAGCCGCAAAGACCCUCUUCAUCUCAGAUUCUGAUAAACGGAAACACUUUAUGCUAACCGUGAAAAUGUUUUACUCAAAUGGAAAAGAUUUGGGCAAAUUCAACUCUCGACGAAUCAAGGUCAUCUCUAAACCAAGCAAGAAGAAGCAAUCCCUGAAGAAUACUGAUUUGUGCAUUGCCUCUGGAACAAAGAUUGCUCUUUUCAAUCGUCUACGGUCGCAGACAGUGAGUACUCGUUACCUCCAUGUAGAUGCUGGGAGCUUCCAUGCUAGUUCUAGUCGGUGGGGUGCAUUUACAAUUCAUCUCCUCUCCGAUGAUGAGUCGGAAGCGGAAGAAUUUAAUGUUCGUGAGGGCUACAUCCACUAUGGCCACACAGUGAAGUUGGUGUGUUCGGAAACUGGGAUGGCUUUGCCUCGAUUGAUUGUUCGAAAGGUGGACAAAACCACAGUGAUGUUAGAUGCUGAUGAUCCAGUUAGUCAGCUCCACAAAUGCGCCUUCUAUUUGAAAGACACCGAUCGAAUGUAUCUUUGCCUAUCUCAGGACAAGAUUAUUCAACAUCAAGCAGUACGUUGUGACGACAACCCCAAUCGGGAAACCAUCAAUGAUUCCGCCGCUUGGACUAUAAUCAGCACAGAUCGCGCCGAAUACCGAUGGUUUGAACUUUCCGACCUCCGAGAUGACCCCACAGUUCCCAAGGCUGUUGCCUCUCAGAUACCCCCUCCUUCCAAUCAUCCUGUCACCCCUGUUCCGAUUGUCACAAACAUUCGUACCAACGGUGGUGGCGAUGUUGCUAUGGUUGAAGUCUCCGGAGAGAAUUUCAGCGCAAAUCAUCAAGUUUGGUUCGGAGAUGUUCCAGCUCAAACCUUCUAUCGGUGUCAGGAAUUACUGCUGUGUCUCGUUCCUGAUAUCACAGAAUUUCAUCCCGAUUGGACUUAUGUUCAAUAUGAACUCGAGGUUCCAAUAAGUAUAGCUCGAAACGACGGUGUGAUAUACGCAACUGGCUCAGUGUUCACCUACCAACCUGAGUUGGGACCCCGCCAGCAUUGUCAACCAGCUCUUGAUUUGAUGCGAGUGGUGUUUGCUACAGCAGCUGCCUCGAUGAGCCAAGCUAUGCAGCCUGGACACCAACAGCAGUCAUAUCAGCAGCGAUCUACACUGGACUAUCCAGCUCUUGAAGGUAUCUCUUCAUCAACCUCCAAUUAUCCCCCCUUUUCAGAAGCUCUAUCGGCUACAUCUGCGCGAUCUUAUGCAACACCCAUGGAUGAUAGUUCAACAUCCGCAGUCACUGGCCCUCCAACAGGUGAACCAACUCAAUAG